AGUCAACAGUUAAAUUCAACCGAAACAUGUGAUUAGCUGAAGCUUUUCUUCUAUCCUGUGCACUGGCACAGCGUAGUCAAACGCAAAAACCGGAAAAUUUUAAAGGCUCCCUUUCCUCUGCUUUCUUGCAACGUACUCUGUGUAACUUGAACGCCCUCGCUAUCAUGGCGAAACCAGUCUCUAUUGAAGUCUGGAACCCAAACGGGAAAUACAGAGUUGUCAGCACCAAGCCUAUGCCCGGAACUCGCUGGAUCAAUCUGUUGAUCGAACAAGAUUGUCGCGUUGAAAUAUGCACGCAAAAGAAAACAAUAUUGUCCGUUGAGGAUAUCAUUGCUUUGAUCGGUGAUAGAUGCGAUGGAGUAAUUGGACAGCUAACGGAGGAUUGGGGAGAGACUUUGUUUGCGGCACUGAGUAGAGCUGGAGGCAAAGCUUUUAGUAACAUGGCAGUUGGCUACAACAAUGUCGAUGUUAAUGCUGCAAACAAGUAUGGUGUUGCGAUUGGUAACACUCCUGGAGUGCUCACUGAGACGACGGCAGAGUUGGCAGCUUCACUGUCUUUAUCAGCAGCAAGAAGGAUAGUUGAAGCAGAUGAGUUUAUGAGAGCAGGAUUAUAUGAUGGAUGGCUUCCUCAUCUGUUCGUAGGGAACUUGCUUAAAGGUCAGACAGUUGGUGUUAUUGGAGCUGGCCGUAUUGGAUCUGCAUAUGCUAGAAUGAUGGUUGAGGGUUUCAAAAUGAACUUAAUUUACUAUGAUCUUUAUCAAGCCACACGCUUAGAAAAGUUUGUUACAGCUUAUGGUGAGUUCUUGAAGGCAAAUGGCGAACAGCCCGUUACUUGGAAACGAGCAGCAAGCAUGGAUGAGGUGCUCCGAGAGGCAGAUGUGAUAAGUCUUCACCCAGUCUUGGAUAAAACCACGUAUCAUCUGGUGAACAAAGAAAGGCUUGCAAUGAUGAAGAAGGAAGCAAUUCUUGUGAACUGCAGUAGAGGUCCAGUAAUUGAUGAAGCAGCUCUUGUAGAACAUUUGAAGCAAAACCCAAUGUUUCGAGUUGGUCUCGAUGUUUUUGAGGAAGAACCUUACAUGAAACCUGGACUUGCUGAGAUGAAGAAUGCCAUUGUCGUGCCUCACAUUGCUUCAGCUUCCAAGUGGACUCGUGAAGGAAUGGCAACACUGGCAGCUCUAAAUGUCCUAGGAAAGAUUAAAGGAUACCCAAUAUGGGGUGAUCCGAACCGGGUCGAACCAUUCUUGAACGAGAAUGCUCCACCUCCUGCUGCUUGUCCUAGCAUUGUCAAUGCAAAAGCCUUGGGAUUACCUGCUUCCAAACUAUAAAGCUUAGAUUGGUUGUAACAUUGGCUCUUUGAAGCUUUUUUUCUGAUAAGAGUUUAGUAUUAUAAUGUAUGUAUAUCACAUCAGCUAAUGAAAUGUGGAUCGAGCAUACUUGCUAUUUGUCAA